AGCCCGCCGCCCGGGACAUGGCCAAGGCGGGCAACGCAGGUGGCCCUUCCCCGGGUGGCGGUGCCCCCUGGCACCUUCGGAAUGCCCUCAGUGAUUCAGUGGAGAGUUCAGAUGAUGAAUUCUUUGAUGCUAGAGAGGAGGUGGCUGAAGGAAAGAAUGCCAUCCUUAUUGGAAUGAGCCAGUGGAGCUCCAAUGACCUGGUGGAGCAGAUUGAGACCAUGGGGAAGCUGGAUGAGCAUCAAGGAGAAGGCGCCACAGCGUGCACAUCCAGCAUCUUACAGGAGAAGCAGCGAGAACUGUAUCGGGUGUCCCUUAGAAGGCAGAAGUUCCCAGCCCAAGGAAGCAUCGAGAUCCAUGAAGAUGGCGAGGAAGGCUGCUCACAGCGCUCCUGCAAGACACAUGUCCUUCUGCUGGUGCUGCAUGGGGGCAACGUCCUGGACACCGGCUCUGGUGACCCUUCCUGCAAGGCAGCCGACAUUCACACUUUCAGUUCUGUGCUGGAGAAGGUCAUGCGCGCCCACUUCCCUGCUGCCCUGGGACACAUCCUUAUCAAGUUCGUCCCUUGUCCUGCCAUCUGCUCGGAGGCUUUCUCACUCGUCUCUAACCUGAACCCCUAUAGCCACGACGAGGGCUGCCUCAGUACCAGCCAGGACCACGUUCCCCUGGCUGCCCUUCCCCUGCUGGCCAUCUCCUCCCCACAGUACCAGGAUGCUGUUGCCACUGUCAUUGAGCGAGCAAACCACAUCUAUGGAGAGUUUCUCAAGUCCUCUGAUGGGAUUGGCUUCAAUGGACAGGUGUGUCUCAUCGGGGACUGUGUGGGCGGCCUCCUGGCUUUUGAUGCUAUUUGCUACAGUGCCGGGCCCUCAGGGGACAGCCCUGGAAGCAGCAGCCGGAAGGGGAGCAUCAGCAGUACCCAGGACACCCCUGUGGUGGUGGAGGAGGACUGCAAUCUGGCCAACAGCAAGCGUCUCAGCAAGAGCAAUGUCGAUGUCUCCAGUGGAGUGGAGGAUGAGGACCCUAAAAGGCCGUCACCACGGAAACAGAGUGACUCCUCCACAUAUGACUGCGAGGCCAUCACCCAGCAUCACGCCUUCCUCUCAAGCAUCCAUUCCAGUGUGCUGAAGGAUGAGGCAGAGGCUCCUGCUGCUGGCACACCCCAGCUCUCUGAGGUCAGCCUGGGUCGCUUUGACUUUGACGUAUCUGACUUCUUCCUCUUCGGCUCGCCACUGGGCCUGGUCCUGGCCAUGCGGAGGACAGUGCUGCCUGGGAUAGAUGGUUUCCAGAUGCGUCCUGCCUGUAGCCAGGUCUACAGCUUCUUCCACUGUGCAGAUCCCUCUGCAUCACGGCUUGAGCCACUGCUGGAGCCCAAGUUCCACCUGGUGCCUCCUGUCAGCGUGCCUCGCUACCAGAGGUUCCCCCUGGGUGAUGGACAGUCUCUCCUGCUCGCUGAUGCCCUGCACACCCACAGCCCCCUUUUCCUGGAGGAAAGUUCCCGGGGAAGCCCCCCGCUUCUGGAUGCCCCUGCCUCACCCCCUCAAGCCCCAAGAUUCCAGCGCACAGGACGGAGGCUAAGUGAAGGCAGCUCCCAUAGCGACAGUUCAGAGUCCUCGGACAGCCUGGCACCUAUGGGUGCCUCCCGCAUCACAGCCAAGUGGUGGGGAACCAAGAGGAUUGACUAUGCUCUGUACUGCCCGGAUGUCCUCACUGCCUUCCCCACGGUGGCUCUGCCUCAUCUCUUCCAUGCCAGCUACUGGGAGUCUACUGAUGUGGUCGCCUUCAUCUUGAGACAGGUGAUGCGGUAUGAGAAUGCAGGUGUGAAGGAGAGCACUGGUCUGGACCCCACAGCUCUGAGCCCCGCUAACCCCCGUGAGAAGUGGCUGCGCAAGCGAACCCAGGUCAAGUUGCGGAACGUUACUGCGAACCACCGUGCCAACGAUGUGAUUGCGGCUGAAGACGGCCCCCAGGUCUUGGUGGGGCGCUUCAUGUACGGCCCUCUUGACAUGGUAGCUCUGACCGGAGAGAAGGUGGACAUCCUGGUGAUGACAGAGCCAACGUCAGGUCGCUGGGUCCACCUGGACACAGAAAUCACCAACAACAGUGGCAGAAUCACAUACAAUGUGCCCCGGCCCCGGCGUCUGGGGGUUGGUGUCUACCCUGUAAAGAUGGUGGUCAGGGGUGAUCAGACCUGUGCGAUGAGCUACCUCACGGUGCUGCCCCGAGGCAUGGAGUGUGUUGUGUUCAGCAUUGAUGGGUCCUUUGCUGCCAGUGUGUCUAUCAUGGGAAGUGACCCCAAGGUCCGGCCAGGUGCGGUGGAUGUUGUUCGGCACUGGCAGGACCUGGGCUACAUGAUCCUUUACAUCACGGGGCGGCCGGACAUGCAGAAGCAGCGGGUGGUGUCGUGGCUGUCCCAGCACAACUUCCCACAGGGCAUGAUCUUCUUCUCGGACGGACUGGUGCACGACCCACUGAGGCAGAAGGCCAUCUUCCUUCGCAACCUCAUACAGGAGUGUUUCAUCAAAAUCACUGCUGCCUAUGGCUCCACGAAAGAUAUCUCUGUCUACAGUGUGCUGGGCCUCCCUGCCUCCCAGAUCUUCAUCGUGGGCCGGCCCACCAAGAAAUACCAAACCCAGUGCCAGUUCCUGAGUGAAGGCUACGCAGCACACCUGGCGGCACUGGAGGCCAGCCACCGCUCUCGCCCCAAGAAGAACAACUCGCGCAUGAUCCUGCGCAAGGGCAGCUUUGGGCUGCACGCGCAGCCAGAAUUUCUGCGCAAGCGCAACCACCUGCGCAGGACCAUGUCGGUGCAGCAGCCGGACCCUCCGGCCGCCAACCCCAAGCCCGAGCGGGCGCAGAGCCAGCCCGAGUCCGAUAAGGACCACGAGCGGCCGCUGCCCGCUCUCAGCUGGGCGCGUGGGCCCCCCAAGUUCGAGUCGGUGCCCUGA